AUGAGUUUCACCGCUGUCGAGUCCGGGUCACCCUACACCCCCGAAUACCGUGUGUACUACAAGAAUGCCGAGGGCAAGCUAGUCAACCCAUGGCACGAUAUCCCUCUCAAGUCGGCUGGAGGCAACUUCAACAUGAUCUGUGAGAUUCCCAGGUACACCAACGCCAAGAUGGAGAUCGCCACCAAGGAAACUCUAGGCCCAAUCAAGCAGGACGUGAAGAAAGGAAACAUCCGUUUCGUCGUAAACCCAUUCCCCCACCACGGAUACAUCUGGAACUACGGUGCUUUCCCUCAGACCUGGGAGGACGAUGAGCACGUCGACCCCCGCACAGAGGCCAAGGGCGACAACGAUCCUCUGGACGUCUGUGAGAUUGGUCAGCAGAUUGCCACCCGUGGUGAGGUGUACGAGGUCAAAAUCCUUGGGCUUCUGGCCAUGAUUGAUGAUGGCGAGACCGAUUGGAAGAUCAUGGCUAUCCGCACAUCAGACCCCCUCGCCUCUAAGCUCAACGACAUCGGCGACAUUGAGAAGGAGAUGCCCGGCUUCCUAGAUGCCACUCGCGACUGGUUCAAGGUUUACAAGAUUGCCGACGGCAAGCCCGCCAACGAGUUCGCCUUCGGAGGUGAGUACAAGGACAAGGAGUUUGCCCUGGGUGUGGUAGAGGAGACCAACGGGUUCUGGGAGCAGCUCAUGGCCAAGGGACACAAGUCACUGGACCUCACCAACACCACCCUGACCAAGGGCGACAACUUGGCGGACGAUAAGGUUGCGGCGGUGGCGAGUGCUAUGGCCCCCAAGGGCGAGGAAGCCAGCAAGCCCGACAACGUGGACUUUGUGAGCUUCAAACAUCUGACCAGGUACUUCAUCGAGAACCCCGGCUCGGAGAAGAAGAUGCGAAUGUGAAGAAACUGGGCGACGACCGAACAACGCAGAUGGAGAAACUGGGAAUAUGGACUCGUGGGUGCUUGAUUCUUACAUAAAGAAGUGGACUUGCGAGAGUGGGAAGUGGACUUGAGAGUGUGUGUGUGCGUGUGUGACGCCGGCUAUGUGGAACAAAGCAUACGCACGCGGACAUAGCCGACGAAUGGGGCAUGGUUAACCAAACACGCGAGGUGGUGACCAUUCGGAACGCGUUAUCAUUAGUGACAAGACCUGCCCUGGGAGUAUUGAAGACAACAACAAAUAAAUCACAUAUACAUGC